AUGACAAACUCUCUUGAGUCCUCGCGGCCCAUGCUUGCCAACUCUAACGAGAAGAAGUCGGCCGCCAACCGCGCAUCCACCCGCAUGUCCACCUACAGCGCCACACCCACCCUCACACCCUCCAUCGCGCCCUCGCACCUGUCGCAAGCCUCGUCAACAGCCGGCGACCCCAAGUCACACGACAUCAAGACAUGGAACGCAGGUUUUGACCGCCUCGAAGACAAGCGCCUAGUCCAACAACGGUACGCCCUCAACGAGCGCAAGACAGACGACAUGAGCAAGCUGGCGCUGGGAGCAAAGCUGGACCGCGCACUCGCACGUCGCAUGUCAGGUCAAGACGCCGUCUUCCGGCCAAAGGGCGCAGAGAAGAAGGAGAUUCAGACAUAA